CAAUUUCGGGCCAAAAGGUUUUCCCUACAUUGCUGCUUAUCAGUACGAAUUUGACGCAAUCGAUAAGCGAUAUUUCUCGCUCUUUAGAAACUAAGGCUAGCGAAGUACACAACAAAUUGAAACCAAAGGAGACAGUGCUAAGAGUUGAUCGUGAUAAAUUCUUUGAUAUUCGGUUGCAAUUAAAAGUAGAAAAAUUUUUUAAAACUAUUUUAGAUCGGUUAGUUAUACAUUUGUAUAGAAAAUUGAAAAAAAGCAAUUCAUUUAAAUGUAAAAUUAUGGCGGAGUUACAGCGUAAAAAUGUCAGCGAUCAGUUUUUGCGAGCGCAAUUGGAAGUUGUUACCGCUCAAAAUGCACGUCUACAAGAGGAGAAUAAUUUACUGCGCCAAAAGCUCUCAUGUCUCAACGGUGCAGCUGCCAUUAAUGUCGAGGCAAAAAUUGAAGCUUUACGACUCGAAGAUGAACGUGAUCAAAUGUAUGAUAAUUUGGAGAGAUUAAAAAGAAAAUAUAACAAAUUGCAUGCUGCGUAUUUGGAGAAGGUGCAGCGUUGCAAAGCAUUGGAGGAUACAUUCAAGCGGCAAAAGACGUUGUCCGGUUUAGUGAUGAAAUCGGCACUAAGUCAACGCGCUCAAGCGUUGGCUGACCAGACGCAAACGGAAAAUCUGGAAAAACAGGUGACCAAACUACAGACGGCGCUGGACGAAGCCUAUGACAUAAUCGAUGAACUUGAAUUUGAACUAGAAAGUAUCGACUAUAUGGAGCAGGAAAUGCUACAUAUGCGCAACGAAUUAUCUGCUUUGAAAGCCAAACAAAGAGACACUACGAGUGCGACUGCAAGUUCAAUACCACCAACGGAUUUUGAGGAACCUUUACCAGGUUAUACGGCAGAUGUAGCAGAUGAUAUAAGUGCUCCAGCAAAGCGGACAUCAAGAAAUGUGCGUAGUAUGCUACUUCGCCGUACCGCGUCUUCUUCUUCCAACGAAUCUUUGCCUAAUGAUGACGCAGAUAACGAAUCACUCGAACGAGCAGUCAUGACGCAUGACAUGCUUGAGAAUGCAGCAGCCGAAAGCAAUCAAUUGCGACGAGAACUCUUAAAAUCUCGAGUACAUAAUAGAUGUCGACCGAAGUGAGACACACUGCUUCCGAUUUUUCAUUAUACUUGGUAUAAAGUAGGAAAGUAGUUACUAGCUUUUCGUAAUAAAUAUUAUUUUUCAUUUAUUUACUUUUUAUUCUAAUCGUGAAGUAUUAAAUAAUAAUAGUUUUUGCGUGGAUAAAAUAUACACAACUACUUAUACUUUCAA